AUGCGUACCCCGAGAAUCGCCAUUCUCGUCCUCUUCUUCGUCGCCUCCCUAUUCCUCUUCUGCCGAUCCGUCACCUCGUUGGCCCGCUCCAACACCAUCGUCACCCCGGCUGACGUUCCUCGAUCGCGCUUCACGAGCUUCUUCUCAUUCACUGCGCCCUUCUCAAUCUUUACACCAAAUGCUGCCAUCAGCCUCACCGAUGACAACAGCACCUCAUUCGUUGCUCGUCCAGCCGCCUUCGGCCCGAACCUCCCUACCAAGGGCCUGAGCGGCCAGCUAUGGAUUGGCAGCGGCUUUGCUGACGAUAACCUCCAGGAGGGCGAGGGCGAGGGCGAGCUCGGCUGCAGCGACAUUCCCGGCUGGGAGGACGGCAAGCCCAACGCCGUCCUCAAGUCCGCCUCCAAGAGCAUUUCCAAUGCCGGUGCGAAGGCUGCCACUGCUGCUGGCAAGCCCGCACAUCACAAGCGGGGCAAGACCGACAGAGAUGCCGCCCCCGAUGACGCACCCCCACCGCCAGGCACACGCUUGAAGUCCAAGAUCCGCCCUCUCGACGACGGCACCGACGACUACCUUCACCAAGGCCUUGCCAGAAAGCCCCAGCCGAACCACGAUAGCGCUCUGUCCACCGAGUCGACCCACGCCGAUAUCCAGUCGAUACAAGAGGCCGCGGAGAUCGCCGGGAAGAUUGUGCUGCUCAGUCGUGGCGGCUGCGGCUUCUUGGAAAAGGUCAAAUGGGCUCAACGACGUGGUGCCAUUGCCCUGAUCGUCGGUGAUAACCAGAAAGGCGGACCUCUGAUUCAGAUGUUUGCCAGGGGCGAUACCUCAAACGUUUCCAUUCCCUCCGUCUUUACUGCCCGCACCACGGCACACCUUCUGUCGUCUCUCACGCAGCCCGGCAGCUUUAUCGAGGACACCAUCGACGAGCACGGCCGCCCCGCCUUGAAGGUCCUAAAGUCUGACGGCACCAACCGGAAGAACAGGAAGAACAAGCAAAAGGCCGCCGUGACCACCCCGACCCCGACACCCAAGCCGACCGCCACUCCCAAGGCCAAAGCCCCGAAGAAGGCCAAGCCGGCAAAGACCGAGGAGGCCAAGCCUCGCGUUGGUUGGUUCAGAUGGCUUUUCACCUGGGGCCGCAGUUCCGCGCCUGGGGACGGCAGCAUCCAACCUCCGAGCAGCGGCCGCCAUAACUGGGUUCUCGUUGACGACUGGAGCGAGGAGAAGGACAAGAUCAUUCGCGACGGUCUCGGAAAGGCUGCCAAGCGGGGCAGCGAUAAGACCAUCGACUCCCGCAAGACGGAGGACAGCUUCCAGAUUGGCGUUCAAGACUGGCGGGACCCGGACUUGGUCGAUGCACCGGGAACUAAGGUCAAGGAGGACGGCGUCAAGGAGAAGGCCGUGAAGGCCGGCACGUCGAAGAACGGAAAGGACGUCAGCGGCCCCAAGGGAGGAAGCAUCACUCCCGGUAGUGGCGAGUACAACCCUGACCUGCCGCCAGUGGAGGCCAAGGGAGCCGCUUCAGGGAAGGAUUCUUCCUCGCACGGCGGCCUCAUGUCCAAAAUCUUUGGAGAAGAUGACGGUGCCGACUUCUCCAAGGAGGAGAAGGCCAAGGAGCCCCCCAAGGUUGAAGAGCCGAUUCCCGAUGACGACGAGCCUAUUGGACACGACGGCCUCUGGGUCACCAUUACACCUUCAAGCAGCUCCAGUCCCUUCUUUGACACCCUCCUGGUGCUUGUCAUCAGCCCCUUGAUCACAUUGAGCGUUGUCUACGCACUUCUGAUCCUCCGCGCGCGCAUUCGCCGAAGGCGCUGGAGGGCACCCAAGUCGGUCGUCGAGCGUCUACCCGUGCGGACCUACCACACUGUGGCAGCAUCGCCAGUCCCCUCACCUAGAAUACCUUCGCCGACUAGCGCAACCCCUACCACGCCCCUGCUGCAGCAGACCCCCACACGGCCCCGGCCCCGUUCUAGGACAACGACGGGCAUCCCCGAGUCGGAGAGUCUCCUGUCCGUUAAUUCCGCCCUGCAAAUGCCGAGAUCGCCUUCGCGGGCAGAGCACGAGAAGACAAACGGCAGCUACUCAAGCGAGUGGAAGAAGUACAUGGGCCGUCAGGUCGAGUGUGUGGUCUGUUUGGAGGAGUACGUUGACGGCGUCAGCCGUGUCAUGAGCCUACCCUGCGGCCACGAGUUCCACGCGGAGUGCAUCACGCCUUGGUUGACAACGCGCCGCCGUACAUGCCCCAUCUGCAAAGGCGAUGUCGUGCGCUCUCUCGCCCGCGGUUCUCCGUCCAGUCCCCGGUACGAAGCCUACCACGACGACUCGGAUGAUGAAGUGGAGGCCGAGGGCUCCGGCUCACGAGACAGAGACGAUGAUAUCGAGCAGGGCAUACUCUCCGCCGCACCCAGAGGAAGGCAAGGCAGAUCAGAGGGGUGGCUGGGCAUGCUGUCAAAUACACUCAGCUCCAUCUCCCGCUCAAGCCGGCAGCCGCAGGAGGACCGCAACAGGUAG